AUGCUUGGUCUUGGUGACUAUGAGAGCAGCAGUGAGGAUGAGGUAGACAUCACCGAAGAGUCGCUGAUUCCAGAGCAACAGAGUAACAAGGAUAUUCCACCUACAACGUCACAAGCUGGCCAGAACGAAGAUCACAAACCGUCCCACCAACAACCAAAAGAGGCGCCCUUUCAGGUUGCCACCGAUUCAGUCCCAGAAGGACCUGUCCUUGGUCCCGCGUCUAUGGGCAUGGCGCCCCUCUCGGAGGACAAGCACUCGACAAGCGGGCGGUCAUCUCCCUUUUCAGCUUCACGAGCACUCGUUCAAGACCUCACUCUCCCUCCGGUCCCCAAUCUGGACAUCCCACCAUCACCUCCCGGGUCUCCCAACCCAGCCGCGAAUGCAAAAUUCGAGCAUUUUCUUUCGCUCAAAAAGCAAGGCAUACACUUCAACUCAAAACUGGCAAGCUCGUCGUCACUUAAGAAUCCAAGCUUGUUGAAGAAGAUGAUGGAACAUGCUGGGAUCAAUGAGCAAUCGCAAUACGACACAUCCCUGCCCGCCGACUUAUGGGAUACAUCUAAUCUACCCAACUGGGCUUUCAAGGAAGAGCUCUUGAAAACCCAACAAGAUUUACGUAAACAAUCAGAGGAGAAAAAGGCAUCGGGUCAGCGAACCUCGGUUGAUUUUGUGUCUGGGUCUGCCUGA